UGUGUUAUGGCGUGUUAGUUACUGUACGUGGUCGGAUCGAACUCUUCGGUGUCGGCUCGCUCCCUGUGGUAAAGUGUGGAUAGUUUGACGUUUUACUGAGGUUGCACAAUUCAGAAUCACUCUCUGUACCUCAAAGUCUCUGAGUUGGUCUGCCCAGGCAUUGCAGUACCACCGGCAUGGCAGCAUUGGAGCUGGAUCCUGUCUUCGUCAAAGCCUUGGGUUUCCUGCGGUCUCGCAGCAAGGACUCCACGGAACAACUCAAGGUGAUGCUGGAUGAAGCUCUGGCUGAAACCGGCCAUGGCAGGUUCAGUAAGCAGGAUUCAGAGAGUGGCAAGAAGUCGGGAGCCAAACAGAAAGAGGAGAAGGCACCCACACCCUGCAUCAAGCUGGCGGCCACUGAGGGGUCCAGGAAGGAGGCGGAGAGAAGAGCUGAAAAGAGGGCGGGAGAAAAGCAGCUGAAAUCAGACUCCUCAGACAGUUUCGAUCCCCCGUCGUCCAAGCGGCUGCGGUCGGAGAGACAGCGCAAACCGGUCAUCGAGGAUGACGAGGACGAUGACGAUGACACCGAGGAAGACAACGACAAUGAGGAGGUGGAGGAAGAGGAGGAGGAGUCGUUGGGCACCGAGGACAGCAGCCACGGCGACAGUAACCCCGGUGACAGUAACCACGGCAGCACGGACGCCGACGACUUUGCCGUGGAGAUGGGCCUGGCCUGCAUCGUCUGCAAACAGCUGGAGGUGUCAGCUGGGAACCAGCUGAUCGAGUGCCAGGAAUGCCACAGUUUGUACCAUCAGCUGUGUCACAAGCCCCCUGCCAGCGAGGCCGAUCCUAACGACCCCCGACUGGUGUGGUACUGCAGUCGGUGUACGCGCAACAUGAAGAAACAGGCCACGAAAAAAGUGAAGAACUCGAGUUCGACCAGCCACGUGGCCAGAGAGAGCAGCACCAAAGAAGUGGAGGUCAAGGCCGACUCGGAAGUACUGAACAUCUUCAAGAGGGCGGAGCCUAAGUCUACUACAGCUUCAACGUCAACCGGUACAGCCAGCAAGACACCGUACACCGGCCUGGCAAGCUUCGCGGCCAACCUCACGGGGCGGUCUUCGGCGAACUCAAAAGCCGCUGCCGCAAGUAGCAGGCCGCCGGGCAUCACGGGCAAGCCGGGAUCAAAGGUUAGCCCCGUUCCGUCCCCGGUGAACAAGACAACCCCGGCCACCAGCGCCAAGAGCCAGCCGUCCACGGCGAAGGCCGGCAGUGGACACGCGGGGAAGAACUUGCCACAGGCGAGCACAGCCUCGGCGAUGAAGCGGCUGCAGCAGAUGAAGAAGAAGGCAUCCUCGAAGCGCUGACGGCGACUUCCCCUCCUCGGCUCGUCAGGAUCAUCCACGGGGCAGCAGGGCUAAGCCAAAUAUCGUACUCCUGCAAAAUCUACGGCACAACUUUAACAACAGUUGAAAACAGUACAGUCAGUUCUACUUCCCAUAGAAAUGCCACUGCGCUCUGUCGCUUCUCAUCCACAUUGGGGCUAGCCGAAGUGGCCGACCCGCUGAGCUGGUCACUCAGGGAAGUAUUUCAACAUGGUGGGUGAAAACAUGGCGGCUUGUAGUUGAAGAGUGUUCAGGAAACUUGACGCCCCGUUAGCUAACAUUAAAGGCUUGGUUACAUUUCACCGUAUUUCCCUGUGAACUGCUAACCAACAAAUAUGGCUUAGCAAGUUUAUGUGUUAAGCAGAAGUCAGUUGGGAACCAGCCUAAAACAACAUCUAUGUUUUAUUUGACUUUUUGGCCGGUUAGCCAGACUCGACAAAGCAAAUAUUUCUGCUUGCUUAGCAGAUUUCUGCUCUUACCAGCCCCAUAAAAUAGGCCUUAGCCUAACCAUGUUCCAUGUUUUUCUAUCAAAGUUCAAGUUAUGCUGAUAACAAUGUAGACAGAUGUAGUUGGUACAUUUUCCGUAAAAAGGAAUUGUUCAUUUCCAUUUUAUACCUCAAUAAAUUCUGCCUAUACUCAGCCAA